AUGGGUUUCAAAAAACAUCGGCACUCGAAGGACAAGCUAUACAUCCGGUCCACCGAGUGGGAGCAUGAAUUCGGAGGUUAUAAAAAGAAGCAUGAUCCGAGGCAGUUUAAGCGAUUGCCGUACUAUUCCUGUUGCAUCUCAUUAGCACCUUUUGAUAACCCAAUGUGUGACGCUGAAGGGCGCUGCUUCGAGCUGCUCAACAUUGUUCCCUGGCUCAAGCAAUACGGAAUCAAUCCAGUCACAGGGAAGAAAAUGAAGGCUGGCGACUUGAUCAAAAUGACUUGGUUCAAAAACGCGGAGAAAAAGUACCACUGCCCUGUCCUCUUUCGUGAGUUCUCCGACAACUCUCACAUCGUCGUAAACAUGGCCACUGGAAAUGUCUAUUCCAUGGAGGCGAUUGAACAACUUUGCUUCAAGCCGAAAAACUUCAAAGAUCUGAUAAACGACAAGCCAUUUAAAAGAUCUGACAUUGUGACCGUUCAAGAUCCAGUCUAUUUAGACAAGUUUAACAUCACGAGCUUCCAUCAUCUGAAAAAUGGGCUCAAGCUCAACGAGACAGACGACAAGAAGACCGUCAGAAAAGCAAACCAAGAAACAAAAGAUGUCAUGAAAGAGCUCCGCGAAUCGAAGAUCCUCGAAGGGAAAGGAGCUGGAUUGCUCCGAGAUUCGAAGGAAAUAAAAACGCAUAAUGAUCAGUCGAAAAGAUUGGAUAAAUACAGCGCUGCACACUUCACCACUGGCAAGAUGGGCAUGUCACUGACUAGUACCUGCAUGAUGCCAAUUACAGACACGGAGCUGGCGCUAAAAGACGAUCGAGCCGUCAUAUAUCAGUUUGUCAAGAAAAAUGCAUACGUUCAAAUCAAAACGACACUAGGAGAUCUAAACAUUGAGAUUCACGCUAAACACGUGCCAAAAACUGCUGAAAACUUCAUCAAGCUCUGUCAAAAAGGCUACUACAACGGUACGAUUUUCCAUCGGAACAUCAGAAGCUUCAUCAUUCAGGGUGGAGACCCAACAGGUGUUGGCGACGGAGGAGAGUCAAUAUGGGGAGGCAAGUUCGAAGACGAGUUUAAACUCGGCCAUCUUAUGCACAACAAGAGGGGUAUUGUUUCCAUGGCAAACUCGGGUCCAAACACGAACGGGAGCCAGUUUUUCAUUACUUAUGCACAAUGUCCGCAUCUGGAUGGAAAGCAUACGGUUUUCGGCCGACUUGUUGGUGGAAAUGAUUCUUUGAGAACAAUGGAAUUGGCAAAAACGGAUAAGAAAACUGAUCGCCCAGCUGAGGAUAUAAAAAUUCUAUCGACAGAAGUCUUUGAAGAUCCUUUCCCAGAAGCAGAGAAACUUCUCCAAGCUGCGCGUGAUAAGGAUGAUGCGGAAAAAGAAGCACUUUCUGGCAAGAAACAAGUAGUUCCGAAAGAGACUCUCAAAACGUACUCUUCCGGCGUAGGCAAAUAUAUCAACAGGAACAAGUUGAAACGAGUAAAUGAGGAUACGUCAGCUGGUGGAGCGACAUCCUCGAAAAAAGCGCCGAAAAGCUCAAACAAUCUUUCUGAUUUUGGAGAUUGGUAG